AUGGCGUUGUGUUGGCAGAGAGCUACGGUUGUUAGAUGGUUCCUCUUGAUGCUCCUGUGGCACUGGGCACCUCUGGGCCCACUGAGCUGGUUUCUGGCUCUGGCUGAGCGUCUGGACCAGAAGACCUCACCGUUCUCUUCUAUCUCCGGCCGGAGCAGCGGCCAGCUGGACUGGCUCCUGUCUGAUAAGGGGCCCUUCCAUCGCUGUCCAGAAUACACCGAGUUCAAAGAACGCUUCCAACAAGGCUUCUCCACACGCUACAAAAUCUACAGGGAGUUUAGUCACUGGAAAGUGAACAGCUUGGUGACAGAGAAGAGAGACUUCUUCAAAGCCCCGCUGCCUUUGGCGCCCGAGUUUUUACGCAACCUCAGGCUUCUGGGGAGAAGGCCGAGCCUUCAGCAGAUCCAUGAAAAUCUGAUCAAGAAAUAUGGCACUCAUUUCUUGGUAUCAGCCACAUUGGGAGGAGAGGAGUCACUCACGAUCUUCUUGGACAAACAGAAGCUGAGCAAAAAGUCAGAGGGCAAUGGAAACAGCUCCGUGGUCUCCCUAGAAAUCUUGCACCAGUUGGCAGCAUCAUACUUCACAGACAGAGAGAGCACCCUGCGAAGACUCCACCACCUGCAGAUCGCUACAUCUGCCAUCAAGGUAACGGAGACCAGAACGGGGCCUCUUGGAUGCAGUAACUACGACAGCCUGGAUUCAGUCAGCUCCGUCUUAGUGCACAGCCCAGAAAAUAAAAUCCACCUGAAAGGUCUACAGGAUGUGCUUCCUGAGUUUCUGCGGAAUCGUUUUGUGGAGGCGGCCCUCAGUUAUGUGGCGUGUAAUUCAGAGGGCGAGCUACUGUGCCACAACAAUGACUGCUGGUGCCGCUGCUCCGCAAAGUUCCCUGAUUGCAACUGCCCCUUCGCAGAUAUCAAAGCCAUGGAGGAGAGUCUGCGUAAGAGCAAAGAGUCCUGGAUCAACCUCAACAAUGACUUCAUGGACUCAGAUGAGUUCAAGGCCUUUCUCAAGAAAUUGCCAACAGAUCAUUUUUUAAACACCUCUGCUGUCUUAAAGUUCUGGACGUCAGAUCUGGUCCUGCAGAGACGUUAUGGUCUGCUGGAGGCAAGCACUAAAGUGGUGCUGGGAAAAGCCAUCAAGAUAGUGCGCAAACUCUUCGCUCUCAGCAAGCGCUGUCCUACACAGCCAAAGAUCAGCCUGCCUAGAGAAAGGACUCUGGGUUUUUGGCUCAACAAAGCCCAGUCGCUGUUGUACUGCAGCGAGCAUGGUGUGUACGGCACCUUCUCUGAGGAAAUGCAGAGCUUCAUCACACCAUAAUAAAAACGCACUGUCUGCCAGGGCAACGUGCCAUGUAAGGUGGGUGAGGGGACCCUCUGCUCAUCCUGUGCCUCAGACAACAUCACCCGCUGUGGCACAUGCCUCCCAGGCAGCAUCCUCCAUAUGGGAUUCUGUCGUCCCAACAUUGCCAACUCUUUGGACCACUACGUCAACUUUGACUUUGACAUGCCAGACGCAGAAAUGCGUUACCUCCUCCAAAGGCUCGACAGCCGCAUGGAGGUCCAUGCCAUCUACAUCAGCAACGACGUGCGUCUGGGCAGCUGGUUCAAUCCAGCGUGGAGAAAGCGAAUGCUGCUCACCCUCAAGAGCAACAAGAACAAGUCCAACCUCAUCCACAUGCUGAUGGGGAUCUCUUUCCAGAUCUGUUCCACCAAGAACAGCACGCUGGAACCCGUGCCUGCUAUCUAUGUCAACCCCUUCGGGGGCAGCCACUCCGAGAGCUGGUUUAUGCCAAUCAACCAGCAGGACUUCCCAGACUGGGAAAGAACUAAAUUGGACGCCUCGCUCCAGUGCUAUAACUGGACCCUCGCUCUUGGCAACAAGUGGAAGUCCUUCUUCGAAACGGUGCACAUUUACUUGCGCAGUCGCAUUAUCACAGACGAUCCCACCGCCAACGAGACACUUUUUUAUGAGCCACUGGACCUGGAUGACCACUCGGCCAACCUGGGCUACAUGAAAAUCAAUAGCCUGAAGGUCUUUGGCUACAGCAUGCACUUUGAUCCAGAGGGGAUCAAGGACCUGAUCCUGCAGUUGGACUACCCGUACACGCAGGGUUCGCAGGAUGCGGCCUUCCUGAUGCUUUUGGAGAUGAGGGACCGCAUUAACCGGCUCUCUCCACCGGGAGCCCAGCCGUUGGACCUCUUCUCUUGCCUGCUGAGGCACAGGCUCAAGCUUUCGUCCAGCGAGGUGGUGCGCAUACGGGAAGCGCUCCAGAGUUUCAACGCCAAGCUCCCCAACUACACCGAGCCAGAACUCAGCCAGCUGUGCAGCUAGCUCAAAUGAGCCUCUGUCGCUCAUUUUUGCCUGCCUGUAAGAAUGUAUUUGUAAAUGUGAUGAGAAAGGAAGGGAAAAGAAAUAUAUUGUCAGUGUGCGUGUAAAUGUUUGUGGAUGAGAUUGUCUUUGAAUCCUCUUCCUUUGGGCAGCAAUCGUAAGAAGCAAAAUUUUUGAUUGUGACUGAUACAGGAGCGUAACUUAGAAGCCGUAUGUUCCCAGAAUAUUCCCUUGCUGGGAAAACCUUGUUGGAUCUAGCCUACAGUCAAACUACUUAGUGUCUUUGAGUAAGGGUUCCUUUUGAGACGAUGGGGAUUUUAACUAAGUGGACUGCCUCUACAUGAUUCAUGAAAAAGUACAUUUUAAGUGAGAAUAUAUAGCUACGAUUUCUUAGCACAUAUGUGCUGAAGAUGUAGUUAUUCUUGGUGAUGUCAUUGUCCAAGACGAAUCCAGAGAAUCGAUCUAUUCCGAUGUAAAUUGUCGGAGCACAGUGGUCCAAUGGUUAUAGCAAUCAGCAAAGAAUCAAAUCCGUGCUUUUCUAUUUUAUCUGGAGUUGCAAAUCCUGUAUUGUGAAAUCUGUAUAUCUAUAUUUAAUGUGGGACUGAAUUGCCAGAAUGUUGAAUAGAAAUUUGUAUUCAGAGAUAUUGCUAAACCAAAAGGUAAACAUGAAAGCAAACUGAAUGGCAAAAUGUCUUUACCGUUUUUUUUUUUUUGUUUGUUGGUUUGUUUGUUUUUUUGUUUUUUAUGUUCACUGACAUCUCUUUUGAGAAGGCAACCUUAAGGUUGCAGUACAUACAAUAUUGUUUUGAACAGGUUUGUGGGCUGCUUUGUAAAUACUGCUCAUCUCAUUCAAGACGUGAAAUGCUCCACACUGCUUCUUGGAUAUAUACAGAUAAACACCCAUAUUUGUACUUUUUUGAAAGUGCAAAGACCAAAAAAAAAAAAAAAAAAAAAAAAAGGAAAAUGAAAAAAAAACAUACACUUUAACACAAAACAAUUGCCUUACGAAGUGAAGUCUCUGUUCUGAUAUCAAAGCACACCUGGCUGUAUGUCUCUCUCUUUAAGAGAAAAAAUAUAUAUAUCUUUCUUUUUUUUUUCCUCAAUGCUAAAUUCUGAUUUCAAUUACAGUGACCUCUAAUCUCUAAAUGUCAGUUUUUUUUAUAACUGAAGUAUUAUAUGAGGAGUGCAUUACAUGUUAUCUAUGUGCAAAUACAGAGCAACAUUUGCAUCACCUGGUUCAAUAGCUUUGUUUUCCACAACAUGUCCCUGCUUUUCUAUUAGACAUAUGAUGAUGUGAAGAUGCAUAACUGUAAUACAUGAAUUCAUUUAGUAUCUCUACACCUAGAGGCAGUUAUUUCCACUCAGCAUUUAAUAACCAUACAUGUACUUCUUAAGUGUUCUUGAUUAAGUUACUUUGGUUGUAGCAUUUGUCGGCACAAACAACCACAGAAUUACAGCCUUUGACAACACAGAGAAUUUAUUACAGCUUUUUAUAUAAAACUGGAAUGUGUGGAAAUGUCUGUGAAAAUUGCGUAUAUGCAUCAACAUAAAAAAAUGAUCAGUUUUCUGUCAAGAUAAGAUGGAUCGCUCAAUAUAUGGGGAGCAACUUUUACAGCGCUACAUAAAAAAAAGUGCAAUUUAUGCGGUUGUCAUGGAGAGCUGUAGGACCUUCACAUUGUCUGUCACGAUAUAUCUGUGACUCAACUGUGAAGGGGGAAAAACAUUCUUGCUAAAUUCAGAAGAUGGAAAUCACAGGGAGUCUGUAAAUAUGAGUUGUUUAUCUUAAUGUCUAAGACAGGAAUCAGUUUUCGCCCUUCAACAAAUUGUCAAGACAGUGAAGGGCGUCUUAUCAAUCAACAGCCCUACAUAAACUGGCAUAGCCUCAUUCUUGAGAAACAGAGUCUAAAUAUUUCUGUAUUUUAUGAUUUAUAACUAAACUGUCUGACAUUACAAUGUAUUUUUGGUAAUACUUUAUAAUAACUUUCAUAUUAUACUUAUAAACAAUAUUUACAUAUAUGCUGCAUACAACUGUCCAAAGGUUUGGGAUUGGUAAGAUUCUUUAAAAUAACUUUUUCAAAUAAAUCUUUUAGUGUCUUAUGCUUAAAUUCUUUUCUAUCUUAAUAUACUUGAUAUAUUUUAAAAUGUGUCUUUAGUGUCAAACUAUCUUUCAGAAAUGUUUUUUUGUCUUUCCUUUUUUUUCUAGCUAUUAUUAAUGUUGAAAACAGUUGUGCUGUUUUAUUUAUAUAUAUAUUUUUUGUUUGUUUGUUUUUUCCAGGAUAAGCUUCAUUUACUUUAAACAGAAAUCUUUUGUGACACUGUAAAUGUCCUUAAUGCUGCUGUCAAUUUAACAGGCCAUUGCUGAAAAAAAAGUAUUAGUUUAUUUAAAAAAAAAAAAGAACUCUUACUGACCCCAAACUUCUGAACUAUAGUGUAUAUUAAAGUUAUGAAUAUUACUUUCAAAUGUAUAAUGGAAUCUAUUAACAAGUGAUCUUUGGGCAUUAUGUAGGCAUAAUAUACGGUUCAAAAAUGGAUGAUAUAAAAAGAUAUGAAAGUUAUUAAAUAGUGUCACCUAUUUAUCUCAUGGACAUAUGAGAUGUGAAUCAUCUUUUUAGUUUGUUUGUUUUUUUAUCCCCCAAUCUAAUAUAUUUCUGAUUAAAAUCACUCUAGCCAUCAUGGUCUCAUUCUUGUUUAUGUGCACAGUUGACUGAGAAAGCUAUUACAUUUUUCUGUGCAAAGGCAUGAGAUGAAAAUUCAUUAUUCACAGAGGCUCUGACCAUCUACUCAGAUUGUGCUGUACCUAUUGUAUUUCACUCUCAUGUCAAAGUGAACAUACUAAUGUCUAAUCCAGCCAUUUUGGGGAUUCUAGUUUAAACAAUUUAAGAUUUCUUUUAGAAGAUUUCAUGUUAACUUCCACCAAAUAUCUAAAACUGUUCUCUGUAUUUCAUUUGAGGCUUUUACCUUUAACACAGGCCCGGCAGCUCUCAGAUUCUUUACUGUAAUAGUUACAAGCAGCUUUGUUUUCAUUUCUUUGGGAAUUCACCAAGGGUUUUAUUCUGAUAUUGCUUCUCAGAUAGACAAGAUUAUGUUUUUCUAGAAACACGUCAAAUGUGACCUACUUUCAGGCUUUUUCUGCACGCUGUUUCAGUGACUUAAAAAUAAAAUGUGAGGUUUCUCAGAUACCAGGAAAGGGUUUGAAACCCAGUCCUCAUUAGCAUAGUUUGAAAAAAUAAAUCCUCUAAUGUGCAUAGUAAUGCUGCGGCAAGGGGGCAAAAAAAAUAUUUGUAGUGAAAUAAUUGCAUUAAUUAAUUUCAGCCUGUAGUUAUUUACUGAGCAUGCUCUGAAACAAAAUGGCAUAUUGUCAAGCGAAUCCAGCUCCUGGAGUGUGAGGUAUCCGUUGGCGUCAUACUAGUCGCUGAGUCAACUUACACAUCAGGACUCCUACAAAACCUCAGAAAAGGAAGGACAUUUCAGCUCUGUUCUUAAUUCCAUUUGCAAUCAACUUCCUCCCAUCCCAUCUUUAAACUUCAUUUCUGUGUUGCAGAUAGCCAGACACACAAAACUGUAUAUAUGUAUGAACACAGCAUUUCAGACAGCUUUACCAUUCUGUAAACAUCAAGUGACUGAAAUUGUAUCUCUGUAUCUCUCAUAAACAGCCUGUACAUCCACUUUUUUAUAUAAUAUUCAAAUAACAUUUAAUCUCAGAGGGUUCAGUCCAGGUCCUGCCUUCAGCCUCCAUGCUUUGCCAUAGUGCAACAUAUGCUUUUUUUUUUUCAAUGUCCAGAACCAAAGUGCUGAAUGUAAAUAGUCUGACUGCAUCCAUUUCUAUGAGAGACAAUAUAGCUCAGUUACGAGCGUGAGGUGCCAGCUUGAAAUAUUGCAGAGGGGAUUCUGUAUGUGGUGUAUGAUUCUGUACAGAGUCAGAUAUGGGCGGCGUGGUCGUGAAAUGAAACAUUAUCUUUAUACUCUUAAGAUCAUUUCUCUCUCUCUCUCAAUGUUUUAACAAGAUGUAAAUGUUCUUAUAUGAAUUAAUAAAAGGAUAAAACAA